CGCACACGCUUAGUUUGGAGCUGAUUUUCUUUCGGUAUGGUUUUUCACCACGGGGAGUUACGAUGUCACCUGGUAAUAGUGUUGUUUUAUUAUGGUUUUUGUUAGACAGUGUAUGAAAAAAGACAAAGUGAGGAGUGCAAGAAGGAAUUAUAAGAAAAUUGGUGAAAGUGGCUUUCCACCAGGAGUAACCGUCGAUGAACUUUACAGAUACAGAAAGAAAAAGCAGAAAGAUGCAAUUCAACUAGAGGAUAACCUUUACUUCGGUGAAGGUUCCUAUAAGUCAAUCGUAUCUGAAUACACCAGAAGUUUUCACAAUUUAUUUUUACAAGAACUUAAAUUACCAAAAUUAACUACUUCUGAUGUAGCUUUUCGCAAAACAUGGAGACCUGAUUACGCAAGAUAUGAAAGUAAUUAUUUCUUAAAAAAAAGUUUAUCAAAAGGACGAAAGUCCGUUUUUGAUGAAACAAUGGAUUUGAAUGAAGAAUUCGAUAAAAGUUUGCGAUAUUCAACAGAAAUUCGUUCAAAAUAUAUAAAUCACGACGGAUUCAUAAAACAAAAUCUUAUAAAACCAUUAGAAAAUUUAAAAAUAGAAGGUGAUCUUUUGACUUCUACCGAAAAAGCUGAAAAAUUCAUCGAGUACUUACUUUUUAAACGACAACAUCUUUUGAAGAAACCGACUACGUUGAAAUUAGAGGGUGAGAUGGAAAAGAAUACCGAGAAUAGGGAAAAAUUUGUUAUGCAUGAUUACCAAGAACGACCUCCGUUGUGCAAGAAGUCGACUAAUCUGCAUUUGGAGGGUGAUAGAAUAAUCAGCACGGAGAAUCAUGACAAGUUUUUACCGUUCAAGGUGGAAAAGCGACAACCCCUAUUGAAAAUGUCGACGAAUUUGCAUUUGGAAGGCGACCUAGAUUUACACCCUGAGUAUAGGGACGUAUUUGUGGAACAUAAGGUACAAAAACAAACCCCUUUACUACCGGCGCAUAAUAUUAAAAUUGAUGGAACAUAUGAUAUUAAUGCAGAAACGAAAUCUAAAGAGUCACAUCAUCCUUUAAUUCCUUUUUUAAGAGGUGGUGAUCGAAAAUUUAUCUUAGGCGAUGAUAAAGACAUAAAAUAUCCAGAGUACAAAGAAAAAUUUGUAUUACAUCCAAAAUCAGAAAGACCACCAGCUUAUCAUCCCAGUAGUCAUUUAAAACAACGUGGAGCCAUGGAAGGGAUGACAGAAACAAGAGAAGAAUUUGUAGAAAAACGAUCCCCGAGAACAGAGCGUCGUAGAAGAUCGACACACUUAAAGUUGGAGGGGAAAAGGGCUAUGACUCCAGAAUAUAAGAAUGCCUACAUCGAUUUUUACGAAACCGGAAGGCGUUCGCCGGUGAAACGAAUACAUGGAAGAACAGGAAACUUGAAAACCGAUGGUGAAAUGGAUAUUAAUCCGGAAUAUUCCAGUUCAUUCGUAAACUUUCCAAGGGAAAGACCGAACGUGAAGCGUCCUGAAUGCCACUUGAAAAAUUCUGGGGAAAUGCAUCAUUUAACAGAAAAAGAAGCCGUUUAUGUACAACAUAAGGAUUUCCAUAAAUCCGAGCUUAUCAAACAUGAACCAGAAUUGAAGCUUGAAGGAAGAUUUGAGUGUCAACCUGAAUAUCGCAAAGCUUAUAGAGAUUAUUUGAUAAGAGAAAGAGUCCAACGCAAACCUAGACCGAUAGACAAUUUAAUAAUUUCAAAGAAAAAAGAAGAUGAAAAGAAACCAAUUGAAGACACUCUGAAUAAACCUCAUAAAUCAAAACGUGAUUCAAAAUCAUCAGAUUCAAAGUCAUACAUUCCUGUAUCAGUUAAAAAACCAGCAGCAACUUCAUCAUCGUCAGAUGAUCGCAAACGUUCUUCAGCGAGUACAAUGAGUAGUAUCACCUCAAAAUUGAAUUUGAAAUCCAGUAAAUUACCUCUUCCAAAACCAAAAUUGGUGGUACCAAAAAGUAGCACAAAUUCUUCUUCCUCGCGGUUGUCAAGAUCUCUUAGUCCAACAACUCGAAAACCCACCAAUUUAAGAAGAAAAAGUAGUACAAAAUUGGUUAAAUCUAAAUCAUCCCAAAGAAUGGUUUCUCCGGAAGUUGUCCAUCGAAGCAGAGUUGGUUCAAGAUUUUCAAGUCCAGUGAGAGUUGAAGAUUUAGCUUAUCAACCAAUCACUUCACCUUUACCGUGGAUUAUAAGAGAUGUUAGUCCUGAUAAACGAUUAUGGCACGAUAGGAAAUCUAAAAAUAAGGCUUUCGUUGUUUUGGAUAGACAGGUACAUAAUAAUAGUUGUUGUUGUACUGGAGGUGAGGGUCUUUAUAAGGAACAAAGAUGGAUGCCCUCUUGGUAUACACCAACAUAAAAUCUUUUUUGGUUUUGUACAUGCAGAAAAAAAAACGUAUGCUUAUAAUAUGUGUUAUUGUCUCAGGGUAAUAUUAAAUUAUUAAAACUUUUGAUACUUACCCUAUAUGUUGUUCAAUGUUUAGAACUAGAGGUUAUUCAAAAAGAUUUUUCUGCAAUUAAAAACAUAAAUCUCAUUUUUAAAAUGAUUUUAUUAGAAAAUUCAUUUUGAAUAACGUUCCUUGAGUAGUUAGGUCGAGUUUUAUAGACAUAGAGACGUACUAAUGUAAAAUAAAACUGCCAAUUGUAAUUUGUUAUAAUUGUAAUAAAAAAUUUUGUAUAGAAUCUCUUAUUGUAACUUCCAUAAAUAAAAUACGAAUUUGUGUAUGUAAAGCAAUGUAGUAAUAUAAAAAUAACCAACAAAAUUGAUUUUUGUA